UCUGUGGCUUUCCUCCAAGUACCAUUGAGACAUCACAAACUCCUCUCCGUGAGGAAGAAGAAAGAUCCACUGAAGGUUACGGACACAGAGGGAUCGUUAUGAAGUUAAUUCUAAGGAAGAUCUUGGGGAGAUCCUGGUGGUGCGACUCUACAAAGAAUCAUUUGGCAGUUUCCCAGAGAGCGCCUGGUUCUGCAACUCCAUUAAAGUGACCUGCCCAAGUGGAGAAAUAUAUGAAUUUCCAUUUCAUUUGUGGAUCUCAGGAUAUGGAACCUUUGAAAUUCAGCAGGGAAAGGUUCUCUCGGACCUGUGUUGAAAGGUUUCCUACUGAACUGCAACUCCUGGAAAGAUCUCAAUGACAUCAAGAAAGUCUUUUCUAUUCAAUGGACAAAAAUUUCAGAUCUGGUGUCUGAGCUGUGGAACGAGGACACUUUCUUUGGGUACCAGUAUCUAAAUGGGUUAAACCCAUUGAUGAUCCAGAAAUGUCUCAGGAUUCCUGAUAAUUUCCCUGUUGAUGAUGUGACAGUGUCUACAACUCUAGGGACAUCCACAACCCUCCAGAAGGAACUACAGACGUUUUGCUGUUCAUCCAACUGGUUUCCUGGGACUUCAGGCUUUGAUGCCAGGAGUGCUCCAAGCUCUAAGACCAGGGAGGAUUCCAUGAUCUGAUGCUAGAGAGACUCCAGACACUGUUACUAGGGGAACUUCAGGUUCUGAUACCAGUGGGAAUCCAAGCUCUGAUACCUGGGGCGAUUUAGGUUCUGAUACCAGGAGCAUUUCAGCUGGAAAACCUAUGCAGAAGGGGCCCCUCGCUGUAUCAACGUAGACUCUACUGCAGAGCUGCCUCCCGAUGAACAAUUCUCCUUCAUGAAAGACUGCAGUUUUUACUUUUCUGCCAUUUGUGGAAUGGUUGGGGUGAAUUUCCUUGGGCUCUUGGACUGCACAGAAUCUUGGAAAGACCUAAAUGAUAUCAAGAAAGUCUUUUUCUUUGAAAGAACAGAAAAUUCAGAUUUGGCAUCUCAACUGUGGAUGGAGGACACAUUCUUUGGUUACCAGUUUUUAAAUGGAUUAAACCCCGUCAUGAUCAAGAAAUGUCUCAGAAUUCCUGAUAAUUUUCCUGUUGAUGAUGUCACUGUGUCUAUGACCCUAGGGCCAUCAACCAAUCUCCAGACAGAACUGCAGAAUGGAAACAUCUACCUGGCAGAUUACAAGAUCCUUGAGGGAAUCCCUUCAAAUGUUAUUAAUGGAGAACCCCAAUAUCUUGCUGCCCCAAUGUGUCUGCUCUGGAAAUCCCCUCAGGAUAAAAUUGUCCCUAUAGCAAUUCAGCUAAAUCAAACUCCAGGGGAGGAGAACCCAAUAUUUCUGCCCAAUGACCCAGAGUGGGACUGGCAUUUGGCCAAGAUCUGGGUGUGCAACUCUGAAUGUCAUGUUCAUCAGAUUGUAGUACAUUUUCUCUCCACUCAUCUUUUCGCUGAGGUCUUCAACAUCGCAACCAACCGGCAACUCCCAAUGGGUCACCCCAUCUACAAGCUCCUUCUCCCACAUCUUCGUUUCACAUUGGAGAUCAAUACACUCGCCAGGGCCAACCUAAUUGGUCCAGGAGGUCACUUUGAUCAGUUUAUUGUGACUGGAAAAGGGGGAGUCCCACUGGUCAUUGCAAAAGCCAUGAAGAUCUUGACCUACAGUUCCCUCUGCCUCCCUGAUAAUAUAGAAAGCCGAGGAGUGGAAUCCCUUCCCAAUUACUUCUACCGAGAUGAUGGGAUGAAGAUUUGGCAGGCAAUAGAGAGCUUUGUGUCUAACAUUGUCCAUUACUAUUACCCAAGUGAUGAAUCUGUCUAUAAGGACCCAGAACUUCAGGCUUGGGUGGCAGAGAUAUAUAAGGAAGGGUUCCUCUCUAUCCAAUCCUCAGGAAUCCCAUCAUCCUUUGCAACCCGGGCUGAACUCAUCAAAUACCUGACCAUGGUGAUUUUCACAUGUUCUGCUCAGCAUGCGGCUGUCAAUAGUGGCCAGUUUGAUUUCUUCUCUUGGAUGCCCAAUGGUCCAGCCUCCAUGAGGAAACCUCCCCCUACCAGAAAGGGAACCACCACCUACCAGAGUAUCCUGGAGACUUUACCAACUAUUAACUCAACUGCCUUAGCUGCAUCUGUUGUGCGUUUGCUCAGCACAGAACCACUUGACCGAAGACCAUUGGGAACGUACCCAGAUGAGCACUUUACUGAAGAAAUGCCAAGGAAGUUCAUCAAGGAAUUCCAGGAAAAACUGGUGGAGAUUUCCAAGGAUAUCAAGGAAAGGAACCUGCGCACUUUUGAAUGAUCCACCAUUGGUGGAUGGACACUAAUUGACUUUAUUUGCAUAUCUAAUGCUUUAUAUUCACCUUUUGCACUGUGUUCCUCAUGCUUGAGAAAGGGGCUUAACCCCGAAAUGUUGCAUUUCGCAAUAAACACGCAAGGCAGCUUACUUGCAUUGACCCUGUG